AUGUCGAAGAAGAAGCAGUCGUUCAAGGCCCACAAGAAUGGCGUCAAGAAGCCUAAACGUCAUUACCAUACCUCCACCAAAGGGAUGGAUCCCAAGUUUCUGAGGAAUCAGAGAUACGCGAGGAAGCACAACAACAAGAGACUAAGAGAUGAAGUAGGGUCCGGCAACCAGAUUCUCUCUCAACCAGAGGCCGUCGAUGAUAUGCAGAUUGCCGUGGAGAUGCAGCCGGAGUCAGAGGCCGUGAGAGAGAUGCAGCCGAUAGAGAUGUGGCCCGAACCAGCGGCCGCCGGCGAGAUGCAGCCAGAACCAGCUGCCUCCGGCGAGAUGCAUCCGGAACCAGAGGCCUCCGGAGAGUUGCAGCCAGAACCAGAGGUCGGCGGAGGGAUGCAGCCGGUACCAUACGUCGGAAGAGAGAUGUGGCCCGAACCAGCGGCCGCCGGCGAGAUGCAGCCAGAACCGGCGGCCUCCGGCGAGAUGCAGCCGGAACCAGAGGCCGCCGGAGAGUUGCAGCCAGAACCAGACGUCGGUGGAGAGAUGCAGCCGGAUCCAUUGGCCGCCGGCGAGAUGAAGCCGGAACCGUUAGCCGCCGGCGAGAUGCAGCCGGUACCAGACGUUGGUGGAGAGAUGCAGCCAGAAGCAGAGGCCAAUAACGAGAACAGAAAGGCAGAAAGACUGUACAAUUUCCUGAUGGAGCAGACUUGUUUUAUUUGUUUGACGAAGUUUGUGGAUGGAGUGGAUCUCACUGUAUAUCCAUCCUGUUGGGUGCAUGUGGUUUGUCAGAAAUGCUCUAAUGCAUGGGAGAAUGAGAAUCUGAAGUCCGGAUCGAUUGAUCGGUAUUACACCACUUGUUCAAUUUGCAGAGAUGAAAACGUAAAAGGUGCUGCCCACUUUAGGCUGGAAAAAUGGUGGUUGAGAGAGCCCGUUCAAUAUCCUUCCAUCAGAAAAGGAGAUGUUGGGAGUUUGAUGAAUUUGGUCGGGCACAGUGCCCCAUGUUGCUUUCGCGGGUUUAAACUUGAUGAUUAUGUAAUCAUGUUUUCUUGUGGAGAAACGGUCGAGGCACAUUUUAUGCAUGCUUGGUGCUUUUUGACCAAAAUUUUGCAGGUAAAUGGAGAGGGGGAGGGGGCAAGCUUAGGACGUGUACCAACUCGGGUUGAGUGUGGCGAAUGUGCACAAGAAUUUGGCGGGCCAGACCACUGGUUUGGUGGUUUGCUGAUUCGGGAGGCCGGCGACUUGUGA